AUGAAGGCCUGCGACUUGUUCAGCCGCCUGCUCUCACUUUCGGCGCUGGUCAUCGGCGUCUGCUCAAUGGACGACAUUGGUUAUCAAGACAUUUUCAAGCACAGCUGGGCGGGAAAAAAUGGAGAAAGCCGACAAAUAUUCGGAAACCGCAUGGUCCAAACUGCAGUUUCCGUGGACCACAUCCUUGGGAGCCCUGGGAAAGGCGACUACGGCAUUUACAUCCGCAACCCUUUAAAAGUAGCUGUGAAGGUCCGGGUCGAAGUCACUCCCAUGGACGGCGACCCUCUCCUGGACCGGCCCAUCACCGAACACAUCAUCGAGCCCAAUCUGGUUGAUCCCAGUUCAACAAGAACAAAAGUGCGCAGAUUGCACAACCAUCCAAGAAAAGUAGACGUUCAAUAUUCAAUCACCGAGGCGGAUUACAAGGAGCUCCUCGGACCCCUGAGCCAAAGUCAAGAGUCUACCGUGCUCCCCUCUGAAGAAGUCCCCCACUCUGAAGAAGCGCGCCCCUGGAAGAGACUGAAGCAAUGGUCAUCGUAA